AUGACACGCUCAGCUGAAUCCAAUUCUGUUCUUGAUAUUUACGACUAUGUACGUCCAGUGUUAAUGUUCUGGGACCCCAUGAAUCAGCUUAGUUGCUUAAAUGGUAGAAUGAAGUGUCCUAGACCAGCAUGUCAAAUUGGCUCGGAUAUUCGGUGGCUACGUUCAGCGCACUGGAAAGACUGCCGUAACCAAAGAGAAUCGUGCAGGAUAUUAUAUGGGAUUAAUGGACCCAUUUACUUAGUCAGCCGUGUUUAUCGAUGUAGUGGACAGCAUGCAGAAAUUAUAGCCCACGAUCCUUCAAUUUUGAAUCUUAUUCCAGAAUCACGUAGGCCGUUUAUUUUGUCGCAUAUUACAGGAGUGACAUGCCAACUUCAGGAUUAUGUUGUUUGCUCAAUAAUAAACGGUUUGAAAAUGGAACAUAUUGAAUCAAUGCUUGGUCAACUUUACAUGAAGGAAUACACUAAAAAGCGUGCUUCAUUUGAAGAAGAUUUACAAUUACAGUUACUAUCUGGUAAAGUAACAGAAAACGGUGAGGUAAAUAAAAUGUUCCCGGCUGAUAUUCCAAACGAGUAUAAGGCCCAAGUAUAA